CCCGCUGACGCGUUUGUCCAUACCUUGCUUAAUGUUUUGUUCUUGAUUCGGGACCAGGAAGCCAGGCUAGCUGUUACCUUACGCGAUGAAAUCACAAAAGAACCGGAAAACACAACAUAAAUGGUUAUAAUUUGAUCAUAAACGACGUACUUAAAGAACCAAUACACGGAAUUUAAGGGUUAACAUCGCUGUGACUCGCCUCGUAUACUGUUAGGACUGCUAGCUAGCUUGCUAUUUAGCCAUCUGUCAGGAUUGUCGCUUGCUAACGUUAGCAGCUAACGUUAGCAGCUAACGGCUGUUUGCUGCCUGGCGAUGGCUGCGGCGCACAGAGGCGCUGUUGCGGCCGGAUAUUUACUCCUGCUGCUGCUGACGGGCUGCAACGCGAGGAUCCACAAGCUCACCCUGAAGAAUGAAACUCGGGUCGCUGUCGAUCUCAACAACUUCGGUUUCUACGCUAACGGGACUCUAGAAGUCAACCUGGUGUCUCUGCGCAUCCCAGAGCAGCUGGUGAACUACAGCGUUCACCCUGUGGGUUUCACGCUCUCCAGGUCGCGUGUGAAUGGAGUCCUGUCCUACACGGCGGAGGAGACGGAGACGUGCCCGCUCACGCUCACAAAGUUCACCAACAACGAGCCGCUCAUUCUUUUUCUAAUUGACAUCGACAACCUCAGUGUCAAUGUGAAAGUGAUGGGGGACCAAGACAACGUCCUCAUAGCAAAGUCGAAGGCUGAAGUUUCAAAAGGUGUGAGGACAGCCAGGGACACGUCUGCUCUUCCUGCUGCUACAAUUGGCGGGGAAAAGCCUUCAUCAAGUGAAGACAACGCUGCACAAGAACCAGAAACUAAGUUGAACAAACAGGAAGUGGAUUCUGUGGUUCUGGAAAAAACAGUUCAGACGGCAGUCGAAGCUGCAAAAGUGGAGGAAACGUUCCAGCUGGAGAAGACCAAACAGAUGAGUUUAUCUCUGGACAAAGUCAACGGCUCCUACAGCUUCAGCUUCCACAUGGUGUUCAGUCUGCUGGCCGAGGGUCUGUACACCCUGAAGUUCCACUACUGUCAGAACAGAGUGCCUGGAGUCAAGAAGCCCUACUCGUUAUCUGUGGAGGUGACGGAGCACAAUCCAGACGGCUACCUGUCUGCAGCAGAGAUCCCCCUGUCUCGCCUCUACAUCGGGAUGGCCGGAGUCUUCUUCACUGCUGCCAUGGUCUGGGUGUACACGCUCAUGAAGCACAGGUACAGCGUGUUUAAGAUCCACUGGCUGAUGGCGGCGCUCGCCUUCACUAAGUCCGUCUCUCUGGUCUUCCACAGCAUCAACUAUCACUUCAUCAACACUGAGGGUCAUCCUAUCGAAGGCUGGGCCGUCAUGUAUUACAUCACUCACCUGCUGAAGGGGGCGCUCCUCUUCAUCACGCUGGCUCUGAUCGGCACCGGCUGGGCCUUCGUUAAAUACAUCCUGUCUGACAAGGAGAAGAAGAUCUUCAUGAUCGUCAUCCCUCUGCAGGUCCUGGCUAACGUCGCCUUCAUCAUCAUCGAGUCCACGGAGGAAGGCUCCAGUGAAUACUAUCUGUGGAAGGAGAUCCUCUUUCUGGUCGACCUCAUCUGCUGCGGAGCCAUCCUGUUCCCCGUCGUCUGGUCCAUCCGUCACCUGCAGGAGGCUUCCAGCACCGACGGCAAAGCUGCCAUGAAUUUGGAGAAGCUGAAGCUCUUCCGGCAUUAUUAUGUGAUGAUCGUUUGUUAUAUUUACUUCACGAGGAUCAUAGCCAUCCUGCUGAAGGUCACGAUGCCUUUCCAGUGGCAGUGGUGCUAUGAGUUCCUGGUCGAGGUUUCUACUCUGAUCUUCUUCGUGUUGACGGGCUACAAGUUCAGACCAGCGUCCAACAACCCUUACCUCCAGCUCCCCCUGGACGAGGAGGACGUCGAGAUGGACGAAGUCGUGACCGAGUCUGGAGCGCUGGAGGGAAUCUCCAAAGUCAAGAAGACGUGUAACGGACGCGAGCACCAGAGAGAGUCCACCUUGUGAGCGGGACGGUGCAUCUUUAAGGGUGGGAUUGGGUUGGGUUGGGGGGGGGGGGGGGCGCACUAAACAUCCCCAGGCCAGCUGGUACAAAGGGGAGCACACGGACCAAGGCCCCCCCCCCCCCCUCCCUCAGCCAGCUUCCCUGUUGAGACUCUUCCAGCUGUCCUCUGGCUAUGCAAAAAAAUAAAGACAAACUUUGUUGGUGGAAAACCUUUGAGACUGUGAAGGAGACGCACGGAGGGAAGGCUCCUUCCACGCCCCUCCCCAAAGAUCAUUAUCAUUUUAGAGAAAGACUUGCUUUCAGGUGUGUUUGUAUCGGUUAUUUAAACGCCGCGAGCCUCGUGACGCGACAGUACUCGGGUUAUGGCUCGAUCGUGUAUAUUUCAACCCACGGCAACAAUCUUAACGGGCGCCGCCGGUUUCUGCUCCACUAAUAAAAACACGGCAGGAAAGUGUCCCGGUUGUAAAACACAGUGACCGUUGACCACGUCGGUAAUAUAACUUCACUGUACACCUUGUGUUGCUUUACUCCCAUAUGUUGGAUUUGUAUACUGAAAUAUAUGGAAGUUUGUAUAUUUCACUAGAUUUACUUAUUGCAUAUUGAAAUGUUAAUAUUUCAGGAUUGUUUCUUGGAGGUGAGAGUUCCUCCUCGUGGACCGCCGCUGUACUUUAGCGAGUCCAGCCCGGCUGGGACACGUGGAGGCAGAGUGACCCAGCAGACGGCUUUUGAAUUUUGUCUCUGGCUUUAUUUGGUUUUACGUGCUGUUGAUGUGAAGCUUAUUUUAUUAUUAAUUAUUGAUGGUUAUCGGGGGAAGAUCAGAAAGCGUGUGCAGCCGGGUAGAGGGCCGUUUGUAAAUAAUUUACAGAGACUGAAGGCACAUGACCUUUCAUAAGAAGUGCAGAGAGGCUUUAUAGACGGGAUUCAGUGAGUGAGCAGUGGACAGGUGUGACACACGUCAUGAGGACUGCGAGGUCACGGUGAGUGAGCAGUGGACAGGUGUGACGCACGUCAUGUGGACCUGCGAGGUCACACAUCUUCUGUUACAGGAUGUCUGAACCGUCAGAAUAAAGCUGAUGUUCUGGAAAUGUCUCCAUCGGUAUGAUUUUAAAACUGCUCAAAACUUUGCUGUUUCUCUUGUACGACGGCGAACAAAGGUUACUGUAGGUUAAAGACAGAAUGCACGAGGAGGGAUAGUGUGAGGGUUAAGUGGUAGGUCAUAAAAUCAUGAAUUAAAGUCUUAAAUUUACAAUAAAAAGAUUAAAGUGUUAAAUUAAGAAUAUUUUAUCUCUUGGUUUGUUUUUCUCGUAAAUUGCAGAUUUUAAUGUCAAAUUAAUCAAUUUAUUGGAAAAAUAAAUUGAUAAUGAAAAUCUUUUGUCUCAUAUUAUUAAAGUUCAUAGAUAAAGAAA